GAUUUGGCCACCUGUGUGUUCCACCGUCCGUCCGUACCAGCAUAUCAUCAUGCUCAACAUGCCCCGGCUUGCGUACUCUUCGCUCCAUCCUCUUGUCUGCCUUCCUCUGCAAUGCCUGGCCAACAGAUUCUCGAGCCUAACCCUCCUCCAGACCCCUCGCAGCUACCCGAGUCAUUACUCGAUUACCGGGUCAAGCUGAAGGUCCAAGGGACGCUCUCGAAAGAUGAGAUAGAAGCAAUCUCGCACUUCAGACGAGCCGCGGACUACAUCGCAGCUGCGAUGAUAUUCCUGAAGAGCGGCAUCCUCGAACAACGCGACCUCACUCCAGACGACAUCAAACAACGCCUUCUCGGGCACUGGGGAACGUGCCCCGGACUCGUCCUCGUCUACGCUCACAUCAACCGUCUCAUCCGCAAGACUGACAUCGACGUGCUCUAUGUCGUCGGCCCAGGCCACGGCGCGCCUGGCAUACUCUCAUGUCUUUGGCUAGAGAGUACGCUGGGCCACUUCUGGCCGCACAACACGCGCGACCUCACUGGACUGAAGAACCUCAUCUCUGGCUUCAGUGUGCCGGGAGGCUUCCCGAGUCACGUCAAUGUGGAGACACCCGGUUCUAUUCACGAAGGCGGGGAGCUCGGAUAUGCGCUCAGUGUCGCAUUUGGCGCGGUCAUGGACAAGCCUGACCUCGUCUGUGUAUGCGUCGUUGGAGACGGAGAGGCCGAGACAGGCCCUACCGCGACCGCAUGGCAUGGCUACAAGUACCUCGACCCCGCAGAGUCGGGCGCUGUCCUACCCAUCGUCCAUGUCAACGGUUUCAAGAUCUCCGAGCGCACAAUUUACGGCACGAUGGACGACAAGGAGCUCGUCGCGCUCUUCACGGGCUAUGGUUAUCAAACGCGCUUCAUCGAGGACCUCGACAAUAUCGACGAAGAUAUGGCGGCGUCUAUGGACUGGGCGCUAGGUGAGAUCCAUGCGAUACAGAGGGCGGCGAGGAGUGGCCAGCCUCAGGUGAAGCCGAGGUGGCCCGUUUUGAUCUUGCGUACGCCAAAGGGAUGGGGUGGGCCGAAGAAGCUCGGUGACGAAGUCAUUGAGGGGUCGUUCCAUUCUCACCAGGUCCCGUUACCCGGUGCGAAGAAGGACCCACAACAGCUCAAGCUGCUUCAGGAGUGGUUGCGCUCGUAUAAGCCUGAAGAACUCUUCGACAAGAACGGUGUACCUAAUGAGAAGAUCCUAUCGACCAUUCCACAGAAGGAUGACAAGAAGGCCGGUAUGAGGAAGGAAGUCUACGCAGGAUACAUGCCUCUUGAUGUACCCGACUGGACACCGAAGAGCGUGGAGAGAGGAAACCAGGAGAGUUGCAUGAAGGUCGUGGGCGAACUGCUACUUGACGUCAUGGACAAAAACCCUCACACGUUCAGGAUCUUCUCUCCGGACGAACUCGAGUCGAACAAGCUCAACGCGACGCUCCGCCACAGUGGGCGGAACAUGCAGUGGGACGUGGCCUCCCGCGCAAACGGCGGGCGCGUCAUCGAGAUCCUCUCCGAGCACACCUGCCAGGGCAUGAUGCAGGGCUACACGCUCACCGGGCGGACGGCGCUCUUCCCGAGCUACGAAGCGUUCCUCGGUAUCGUGCACACCAUGAUGGUGCAGUACAGCAAGUUCGUGAAGAUGGCGCAGGAGGUGAACUGGCGCCAGCCGAUCGGCUCGCUCAACUACCUCGAGACGAGCACCUGGGCGCGCCAGGAGCACAAUGGAUUCUCGCACCAGAACCCGUCGUUCAUCGGUGCAGUGCUGGCGCUAAAGCCUCAGAUUGCGAGGGUGUACCUCCCCCCCGACGCGAACUGCUUCUUGUCGACGAUGGCGCAUUGCUUGAGGGCGAAGAAUUACAUCAACUUGAUGGUUGGCAGCAAGCAGCCGACUCCAGUGUGGCUGAGCCCGGAAGAGGCAGACGAGCACUGUAUUUCUGGUGCCUCGACCUGGAAGUUCGCAAGCGUGGACGGCGGCGUCGAUCCUGACGUCGUGCUUGUCGGCAUCGGCGUCGAGGUGACCUUUGAGGUUAUCGCCGCAGCAACGCUCCUCCGCCAGCGCGUACCCCAGCUACGCGUGCGCGUCGUAAACGUCAUGGACUUGAUGAUCCUCGAGCCCUUCGGCACGCAUCCGCAUGCGUUGACGGAGCUCGACUUUGAGGCUCUCUUCACGAAGGACCGCCCGAUCCACUUCAAUUAUCAUGGAUAUGUCAACGAACUGAAGGGUUUGCUCUUCGGUCGACCGAACACGCACAGGGUCACGAUGGAAGGAUACCGCGAAGAGGGAACGACGACCUCUCCAUUCGCCAUGAUGCUUCUGAACCAUACGUCGCGGUAUCACGUCGCGGCGGCUGCGGUGCGUGGCGCAGCGGCGCUGAAUCCGCGCGUAGAGGUGGACGCCCACACGGCGAUCAGCGGAUUUAUGCACGAGGCGCAAAAGGCCCAGCAGUACAUCCGGGAGCAAGGAGAAGAUCCGGAGGGUACAUUCGACGUGCCAAAGUUUGAGUAGAGUGCAGAGGGGUGUGGAAGGUGUUGUGUAUCGCGACUCGUAAGGAAGACUUUCAAGCUGUUUGUACGAUGUGUGCCACAAACCGAACGUUCGUUCGCAAAUGCAAUGUGGAGUGACCGGAAUGACGGUUGGCUCAUG